GCGCCGGAGGCUUGGAAACUCCCAAAUUCCUACAGCCCGCUCCCACCGGGGGAUCUCCGCAGGGACCUGGGCCCCCCUCGCUGCCGUGGGGACGGGGCUGCUCUACCCCAAGGGCUCGGGGUCCUUCCUCAAGCCCCCGGGCUCACACGGCGGGGAGAACCCAGCAGGAACCCGCGCUGCUCCCGGUGUCACCCAGCCCGGUGGCGGCCGCAGGCGGUGGCUUGUCCCCCGGGCGGAUCCCGGGGCGGGACUCUGCGGCUAUUAAAGGGGACUCCGCGGCUUCCCGGUGGCUUUCCCGUCUGGGGCCAUGGCGACCUACGUGCAGCUGAACACCGCGGCCAAGAUGCCCCUCCUGGGGCUGGGCACAUGGAAGUCCCCAGCUGGGCAAGUAACAGCUGCAGUGAUGGCUGCCAUCGAUGCUGGGUACCGCCACUUUGACUGUGCCUACGUGUACCAGAACGAGAGUGAAGUUGGGGAAGGGAUCCAGCAGAAAAUCAGGGAAGGUGUUGUGAAACGAGAAGAUCUCUUCAUCGUCAGUAAGCUGUGGUGCACAUUUUAUGACAAGCCUCUGGUGAAGGGAGCCUGCCAGAAGACUCUUGCCGACCUGAAAUUGGAUUACCUGGAUCUCUACCUCAUGCACUGGCCUCUUGGGUUCAAGGCAGGGGAGGAGCUGUUUCCCACAGAUGACAAAGGCAUGUCAAUACCUGGCAACACAGAUAUUCUAGAUACAUGGGAGGCCAUGGAAGAACUUGUGGACUGUGGUCUAGUAAAAGCCAUUGGAAUCUCCAACUUCAACCAUGAGCAGAUUGAAAGAAUCUUGAACAAGCCAGGACUGAAAUACAAGCCUGCAAAUAACCAGAUCGAAUGUAAUCCCUACCUCACCCAGGAGAAGCUGAUCAAGUACUGUCAAUCCAAAGGGAUUGCUGUGACAGCGUACAGCCCCCUCGGCUCUCCUGACAGGCCAUGGGCUAAACCAGAGGAUCCUUCCCUUCUGGAUGACCCCAAGAUCAAAGAGAUUGCUGCCAAGCACAACAAAAGCCCAGCACAGGUUCUCCUUCGCUUCCAGAUCCAGAGAAAUGUGAUCGCGAUUCCCAAGUCCGUCACACCACAGCGCAUCGUGGAGAACUCCAAGGUGUUUGACUUUGAACUGACGAAAGAGGAGAUGGCAACUAUUUGCAGCUUUAACAGGAACUGGAGAGCGUAUACAAUGAGCACGUGCAAAACUCACAAGGAGUACCCUUUCAAUGCAGAAUACUGAAGAUUUUCAUAUCUUGCCCUCGUAUCUUUCAGAGCUUGGUCUGAUAUUCUUCCUAUUGAUUUAUCUAGCUUUCUUAUUUUCUCUCUCCUCCUACAGCCAGUGAAGUCACAGGCUUCCUAUUCAGUGAUUUAUUGUGGUGACUGGUUGUUUUUUGGUUUGUUUUUUUUUUAAUAAGGACACAGUAAAAUUGUUCUAAAGAAAACAAUGUGGGCUGUAAUAAUUUGUCAUGGUUUGGGCCAGACUGGCCACCGAGAUGAACUGUUGACAG